GCAAAAUUGAAGCCUCAGUACUGCACAAACCAGCGACGCGCGUACGCGUAUAAAAAGCAAAGCUGUUCCGUUACCGUUACGUUUUGUAGUAGUCGAAUAAACGAAUACACACACUAACAAACCAAAAACACUCAUACCAACGAAUAUCUAAGACUAACGCGCCCGCGCAUUGUAGCAAUUUUCUUUUGGCUGAACACUGAACUCGCCGCAGCCAGCAAUAACUACAACAACAACAACAGAAACAACGAAAGCAAUAACUGCAACAACAACAACACCGAGGCAAAAAGUCUGCAACAUUCAUUUUGGGUUUUGGAAAAGUGCACACAGAAAACACUAACUGGAAAUGCAGUACUCGAGUAGCUCGGAAAAUUACUCAUCCUCGAUGAGAGAUACACCAUCGAAAUGGAACGGACGUAACGAUAAAAAUUAUGCAUACAAGAAGUCAUCGUAUCAAUACUCAAGCUCUGGCGAUAAUAAUAUAUCCUAUCAGAGCAAGUCACCUGAUCAGAACAUCGAUCAAUUGGAUGCCUUGCUGGAGGACUUGAAGCAGGAACGCCAGAUCACCAACAGAGAGCGCGAAGUUCUACCCACUGGCACUAGCUAUAGAACACUGGAACGCACUGAUCCUUCGGGCACUGUCACCAAGACAACGCGUGUGAUCAAGACGACCAAGCACUCAGGUGGACAACAGCCCUUCAGCGAUGAUGUUGAGACCUUCAAUCCAAGCGAUUACAGCACGCUGCAGUCAACGGCAAAGUACUCCAACUUUCAGGAUACCUUAAAGCGUGACGAGUAUCUAAACAAGGAGAAGCCCUACACUCUGGCCCAUUCACCAAGUGGCGAUGGUCACUACUCAAGCAGAACUAAGAUCUACGAGAGCAAUCGAACACUUAACAACAAUGUGGAGCUGGUGCCAAGUGUCAACACCACGAAGACGGUGACCAAUGUCAGCAAUGUGAACAUUGACAAGGAACUGCAGGACAUUGCAUUGAGCGAUGGCAUAUUGCCAGCCCCAGGCACCAAGGUGACCACCACUGUGCGCACCUAUACCUAUGAAAUACCACCAAAUGGUCCUGGCAGUGCCACCAGCACUAUUAAUCGCAACAACAACACGCUGAGCAGCAGCUACAAACACCAUGAGACACACAACUCUAGCCAGAACUACACACAAUUGUCUCCUUCGCAUGUGCCACAGACAGUUGUCUAUAACACGGAGAGUUACUCGACCCUCAACAAGCCCAACGAUCGUCCCCUGGUCUCUAAUCAGUCGUACGAGAUUCGUGAGCAUAAGGAAACCACCACACGUGGUUUAAGCCCACAGCCACGUCAGUUGCCUCUAGGUUCUCCAGUCAGCCCCAAUGGUGUCCCGCCCAACAGCAGUCGCACCAUUGUGUACAACAUCCACAAGACAGACAAUGUGAACAAUGUGAUUGCCGAGCCGCGUUAUCCACAUAGUCCGGCCCAUAGUCCCAACUAUGGAUCUCCACAUAGUCCAGCACAGCCGCAGAUUCCUCCUGGCGGCACCAAUCGUUAUUAUUACAAGGAAACUGAGACUUCGAAUACCGUUAAUACCAUACACGGCCCACCCCAUGGCGGCGCUCCUUAUCCCGUGGAACCUUCACAUCCGGCUCCUCUCAAGCAGUUGCCCAGUACGACUUAUCCCCAGCCACAAAAUGGCCAUGGCUAUCCGCCGAAUACCACCAGCUAUACAUACAAUUACUCUUCCACAACAAACACAAACAAUCGUCGCGGUCCUGGUUCUGGUCCUGAUUAUGGCACACCCUCUCCCUUCCCCGUGGACGGCGUGGAGUAUCCUGUGGGCAAUGGCAAUCCACCUCAACGUGUGGACGACUUAAUGCAGUCCUUUGGCACUACGGAUCUCGUGGAUCGCUCGAACAUUGAAACUCCGAUUCGCAAGCGCGAGAUUGAGACCGCAGUGGCGUCACCUCAGCAGCAGCAUGUGCCCUCCGUCAACAAGGCCGGCAAGGAGGUUUACUAUCCACCUGGUCACGAAACUAUCACUACUAGACGAGAGGAAAUGCAUGCUGGAUCCGCAGGAGGCGGACGCUGGGCUAAGGGCUCCGGUAUGUACGAAUACGAGUCGGGAUCAAAGUCCAAGACGAAAACCAAGUCCGGUGGAGCAGUUGUACCCGUUUGCUUGCCCCUUUGCUGUGCCAUGCCCUGUUCGAUUAUGUAAACCAGCAUCAGCAACAAGUUCGAGUCGACUACACUUGUAUAUAGGAUUCUAAUAUUGCCGUUAAUAGGUCUAACGCUAAUUCCUGCCCCCUAAGUACAGCUUGUCGUUGAUAUUUCUAUUUAUCUAACCAAUUUUUCGGUUCGCUUCUCAUAUGGAUGCUCUAAUUGUUGUAAUUUGUUGACCCAAUUGAUAUAUGAUAUAUGUCUUGCUAUAUAUUAUCUAUCGUAUGUAUAUAUAUAAUACGUUUCAUAUCUAGGCAUUGCCUAGUUUGUUGGAUUUGGUAGUAGUUUCCUCUAACACCUAGUUUUGCUCCAAAUUGAAUAGUUUUGCUCCAAUCAAAAAAAAAAAGCAUUUAUAUUACAACGUGACCAGUGAAAGCCUAAGCCUUAUAUUUUUAAGUUUUUAUUUGAAAGCCAAUUGUUUUAACUGUAUUUUGCAUACCAAACUAAUAAAUGAGCCACGGAAUUGAAUUCCCCACUCGCCAUAAUUAUAUACAAGUAUGUGUGUUUCCCGUAUCCCGCUCCCCUCGAAUAUUAUCUAUUAUUAUUAUUAUUACUAAUCAGCGGCCAAUGGGCUGACCAAAACGCAACGUAAAUGUAACCCAGAAUUAUCGUAAAAGGUAACAUAGUCGUUACAGAGCCAUAAAUAUUCUCUAAUACACAAAGUAACCAUAAUAAAAACGAAAUCUAACCAACGAAA